AUGACAGCAACCUCAACAAUCACCGACACCAUGCUGUCAUCCCUGAACCCAAACCCCGAAACCCCCAUAGAGCUCCUCCGCCUCGGCUCAGAAGACUACACCACGCACCGACCCAAACUGCUACGGUCCAACAACCCCGAAAACGAGCACAUCCAGCCCGCCGCCAUCGCCCUGCCCCGGACCGCAGAUGAAGUCGCGCGCGUGGUGCGGUGGGCGACGUCGUGCGGGCUGCAGCCCGUGGUCCGCGGGGCCGGCAACGACUUUUUCUCUCGCAGCAUCGCCGACGGCGCGCUCGUCAUCGACAUGCGGCAUAUGAACUGCAUCCAGGUCGACGAGGCAGGGGAGACGGUGCAGGUCGGCGGUGGGGUUGUGGCGCAGGACCUGGUCAAGACGCUUGCGGAGCGUGGGCUCAUGACCCCGAUCGGGAACACGUGGAUCCUUGGCUAUACCGGCUGGGCGAUCAAUGGUGGCUAUGGGCCGUAUACGAACCUCUGCGGGAUGGGUUUUGAGCAGAUCGUCGGGGCGCAGCUGGUCAAUGCCAAGGGUGAAGUGGUCGAUGCCACGGAGGAGAUGCUCGAGGGCGUCAGGGGUAUGCUGGGCCACUUGGGGGUGGUAACGAGCUUGACGGUCAAGACUUACCCCAGAUAUGAUACUUUGUCCGGCCGGCUCAUCUUUGACUCGACCGACCUCCGCAAAACAAUCACCGAAUACCUUAAAACACAGCCAGGCCUCCCCGUACCCAAGGAGCUGACAUACCACCACUUUAUCAUGUUCAACCCGCAGAUGGGCAAGAAAGUCUUUGCCAUCGUGUGGACCUGGGCCGGCGCCGACCUGGAGCAGGGCAAAGCCACACUCCAAGCCUGGAAGGACAAGCUACCGCUCCUCGUCGCCAGCGCGGUGGAGGUCCAAUCGGAAACGCAAAGGCAAGAGAGCAUGCCGUCCUUCAGCGGCGGCAUGGGCAGUCAGCGGUCAGCCUUCCUCGCGCGGCAGCCGACGGGCGAGCCCGAUGACGAGCUGACCGCUCUCCUCCUCGACGGCGCCGAAGCGAUGCCGAUGGGAUACCUUGGGCCCGGCAUUUCGUGGUCCGGGACCGUGGCCAUCGAUCCCGCCCGGACGCCGGCGAACAUGUUUAUCGGGCACGACCACUCGUACUUUUCCUGCUCGUCUGUGGUGUUUGCGGGAAACUACACACAGGAGGUGGACGUCUGGGCCGCUGGGCUGGCGAGGCAGGUCUAUGCGCUGCCGAGGAACGAUGUCCUGCCCGGUGGGUUCCCCGGGACGACGCCGCCGGGGGAGAAGACGGCGGCGCAGGUGUUUGGUGACAAGUGGCCUAGGGCGAGUGAGCUCAAGAGGAGGUACGACCCGGAUAAUGUGUUUUGUCAUGCAAUUCCUAAGAUGUAG